AUGUCCCUCCUCCAGAAUGAAGACUUCGUCUUGUACCAGCUGCGCACCGCCUACCUCUCGUCGAUCAAGGACGGCGUCGGCGAGCGGCUGAUCAACGUCAACUCCAGCGUCCUCAACCAGGUCGGCUUCCGUGCGGCUGGCUGGGCCCCGAACCCCGCAGACAUCAAGCGCACCUACUCCCCGCCCAUCCCCACGGCCAUCACCUCCGAGUACUUCCAGGCACCGCGCUCGGCUGGCCUGAAGGCGCCCGAGGGCUUCGGCGACGAUGAGGAAGACGGCGGCAUGGUCACGGGCGGCGGCGGUAGCAACGACACCGUGGGCCCGACGCUGACUGCGAAGCGGCGGCGCAGGAAGGAGCUGCUCGAGGAGGACGACAGCAGCGACCUGAGCGACGAGAGCGACGAAGACGAGGCCAGCGACCGGCCGGCAAACCAGAUCAAGUUCACAAAGAUGCCGCUGCGCACCCGCUCUGGCUCCUCGCCCGUACGCGGCUCGGCGUUGCGCAACGAGCUGGCUGAUGGCGCAGACCAGCCCUCGGUCACCGUCACCUCGCCGUCACGGCCACCAGACCAGCUGCUGCCAAGGGGCUCGCUUGGAACGGUCGAAAUGGUCAAAGGUCGCGCGCGCAGGGAUACCAUCACCAGCAGCGAGAUGUCCUCCGAGAACGAGUUCGACCACUCGGGCUUCCAGAAGAGGCGGGUGAAGCAUGUGCGCAAGGCGGCAAGCUCACAUCAGCUGCUGUCCAAGCGCAUACAAGAAGACGACGGAGAGGCUGAUGGGCGUCUGGAGGCCCUGCACGAGGGCAACGAGUCUGACAGCUCCCUUAACUCCGAGUUCUCAGGGUCCGCAGACAGCGGCUCUCUCAUGGGCAACGGUGGUCAUCCGCUAGACUCGUCACCCUCGGCACAUCUCCGCGGUAUGCCGGCAUUGCCGCCCUUCAACAAUCAGUCCCCGAAGAGGAGGAGGGAAGCGCUCCAACCGACCCUCCAAGCGCUGCCCCCACCCAGACCCAUCAGCUUCAUCCUCCCUGUGAGCGCCUUGACGCAAGCACUCCAAGCCAAGUCGUCGAAACCGUCGAACCCCCUGCAACGCUUCGCUGUGUGGAAUGCUGCCAGCGAGGCUCAGUCAAACCCCCUGUACUUGAAGCUCUACUGUCCGUGGUCUGCAAAGCCACUGACGCCCAUUGAGCUUCUCCUCAGAAAGCUCAACGACAAAGGCGAAGCCAUCACGGUAGCGGAGGCGAUCGGUUAUGCACUGCAUCGCUACCAAGAAGAGAAGAUCGAGCCGCCGCUGGCGCCCGAGAAGUGCAACGUCAAUUGCUGGGUGAUGCGCAUGUGGGACGACGAUGAGGUUGAUGACGAGUUUCCCCCAUUGACCAGAAACAAGCCGUUGAAGGACUUUGCCUCCAACAACGCUCGUGGCAUGCGUCCCCGAGCACGAGACAAGCCCUGGGACGAGUUUGCUCUGGUCGAAGCUUCGCAGCGAGAAGUUGCUGAGAACGAGAAGAUCACGCCCAUCUACAGCGCCGAAGCGGCUGCCGCAGUCACUUCACAAAAUGAUACCUCCGAGAGCAAGGAAGAGCCGGAAGUCAAGCAGCCCGUCAAGCCGAUGCCUAGCCGCGCCAAGAGCUUCCGAAACCCCAUCACCGGACCUUCUUUUGCACCAAAGGCGACCCGAAAAGACACGAGUACCCUUGCAGAUGCUCCUACCACCUCCUCAUCACACGCUGCAAGCCGUAUCGGUGCAUCCAAAACAGUCAAUGUCCACUUCACCGACGAAAACUUCAACACAAGGCACAUCCCUGUGCCGUGUACAACGGACACCUAUAUUGACGAGAUCUUCGACAAAGUGUGCUACGACUUGCAUCUAGACAAGGCACUGUACUUGCUCAAAGUCAGCCAAUCGACCACGGUCGCGCCCCUCGACCGCACAGUCGAGGCUCUCGGGAAGCAUGCAGACGUCGAUUUGCUGCGCCGACGAUUCGUAUCUGAUGGUAUCAUGGGCCUCUCUGGUAGCCCUGGCUCUUCUUCUCCCAACGCACCGCUCAUCAUCAGCACAGGCGGCGCGCCAAAGAAAACCAAAAAGGGCGACAGAGUACACGCUGCCGUUUCCGGACCACAGCUCAUCCACCCUCUUGCAAGGAAUGUCGACGCCUCAGCGCUCGCGCUGACAUCGACGGGAUACUACCGCCGCUACGCCGUGCUUCGUAAGCAGCCCAUGUCAUUCGCAUCAUCUACAUCCCGCAUCAUUGCCCUCGACAACGAGUACAUCCACAUCAUGCCCGGCGAGUCAGGGCGACGCGCUGGUGCCGUCGGCGGGGUCGUUGAAGGGCAAGGCAAGACCACAACAGUGCACUUCAGCAGUGUAGUCGGCACAAAGGUGAGUAAAAAGCACCCGAAGACCGUUAGGCUGCUGGUGUAUAGAGAGAAGGAGACGAAGAGGUACGACUUCGAGGCAGCGAGUGUGGAGGAGGCAGCAGACAUUGUCAAGGAGAUCAAGAAGGGCGUCGAACGGUUCCAAGAGGGUAUUGUGUAGAGUACUUGCCCUGAGGAGCAGUCGCAUCUGGAGCCCUUGUGGCCGGACCUGACUCGAUGGAGUGAAUGAUCUGGGGAUGACGUUG